AUAAAAACAACUGUGUCUGCACAGGUCGGACCACUCGUCUUCUUCCUGCUGAUCAUCAAACGGUUUCUUCUGUUCAAGAUCCUGCUAAAGCCAGAGGAUGGAGGUCUGUUUGGGUCUGCUGGUUCUGACUUCUGUGUCCUUUCAGGCAGCUGUUGGAGGAGAUGUGUGUGUGUCCGGUCAUGACAGUGGGCCAGUGUUUGAAGAACAGCCCAGCAGUUUAAUUUAUCCUGAGGGUUUGACUGAAGGCAAGGUGACUCUGAGCUGCCAGGCCAGAGCAAGUCCAGCUGCUACCUACAGGUGGCUUUUGAAUGGAACUGAGGUCCCACUGGGUUCAAACAGAUACACAUUAGUGGCUGGGACCCUGGUGAUCAGCAACCCGGAGUCUGUUCGAGAUACAGGAUCCUACCAGUGCCUGGCUAUCAACCGAUGUGGCACCAUUAUCAGCAGAGCAGCUAACCUGAAGUUUGGCUACCUUCAUGACUUCUCUCCAGAUAGUAGAAGUGCACAAACAGUAUAUGAGGGUGUGGGCACUUUCUUGGCCUGCCAGCCCCCCUCACAUUACCCAGCUCUGUCCUAUCGCUGGUUAAUAAACGAGUUUCCAAACUUCAUCAGAAAGGAUGACGGACGCUGGUUUGUAUCGCAGGUCACAGGUAACYUGUACUUGGCCAAAGCAGAGCCCAAUGAUACGGGAAACUACUUCUGCUUCACCACUAUCAACCUGGAAAUCAGCACCAAAAGUACCUUCAGCAAGGCCAACCCCCUCACUGUACUGCCUGAUGCCAAUGCCAGAAAGUCUGCUCCGAGCAUCAAAGUGCGUUUCCCUUCAGAGACGUACGCAUUAGCCGGRCACACCACCAUGUUGGAGUGCUUCGCUUACGGAAACCCAGUACCAAAGGUUAAAUGGAGGAAGAUCGAUGGUUUGAUGCCGUCCAAAGYAGGCUCAACGGCACAGAGUCCCACCCUCAUCCUGCCUGAGCUCUCCUUUGAUGACGAGGGUCUUUAUGAGUGUGAAGCCUCCAACUCUGAGGGCACCGACUCUUACCAGGGACGUGUCAAUGUGCAAGCUCAGCCUGAGUGGCUGCAGGUGAUGAGCGACUCGGAGGUGGAGAUCAGCUCAGAGCUCCACUGGACCUGUUUGGCUGCUGGAAAACCACGGCCCUCCAUCCGAUGGCUACGCAACGGACAACCACUCAACACCCAUGACCGAGUCCAGGUGAAUGGAGUUAAUUUAAAAAUCAGUAACUUGGCCCUGGAGGAUUCUGGGAUGUACCAAUGUGUAGCUGAGAACAAGCAUGGCACCAUCUAUUCUUCUGCAGAGCUAAGAGUCCAAGUCCAGGCUCCAGACUUCAGGCUGAACCCAGUCCGGAAACUGAUUCCAGCUGCCAGGGGGGGUCAGGUGAUGAUUGAGUGUCGGCCUCGAGCAGCACCGAAGCCCAUCCUGUUCUGGAGCCGUGGGACAGAGCUGCUCACCAACAGCAGCAGAAUCUCYGUAACUCCAGAUGGAACUUUGUGGAUCCACAACAUCAGCAGGGCGGAUGAAGGAAAAUACACCUGCUUUGCAGAGAAUUACCUGGGCAAAGCCAACAGCACUGGACACCUGUCUGUUAGAGAUGCCACUAAGAUCACACUGGCUCCCUCCAAUGCUGACAUCAACCAGGGGGAGAACGUCACACUGCAGUGUCACGCCUCCCAUGACCCCACCAUGGACCUGACGUUUACCUGGGCUCUGAAUGGAGUCCCACUGGACCUGGAGAAUUCUGCUGGGCCGUAUCAUCGGGUGGAAGGGAAGGAAAACAUUGGUGACCUACUGAUUGUGAAGGCUCAGCUGAGUCAGGCCGGAAUAUUCACCUGCACGGCUCAGACCGUUGUGGACAGCGCUUCUUCUUCAGCUAAACUGGUUGUCCGUGGACCCCCUGGACCACCUGGAGGUUUACUGGUGAAGAACGUGGCAGAGACGUCUGUGGAGAUAAGAUGGAGUCGUGGUUAUGAUAACCACAGUCCCAUUGGCAGAUACAUCAUAACAGGACGGUCUUCUCUGUCAUCAGAGUGGAAGAAGAUGAGGACAGAACCAGUGAACAUUGAAGGGAAUGCUGAGUCAGCACGAGUGAUUGGACUCAUGCCCUGGAUGGAUUAUGAAUUUCAGGUCAUUGCCAGCAACAUCCUGGGCAGUGGAGAGCCUAGCAUACCGUCACACAUCAUCCGCACACAGCAAGCAGCUCCUACAGUGGCCCCAAGUGGACUUGGUGGAGGAGGAGGAGAACAUCAUGAACUGAUUGUUACCUGGACGCCCAUGGCCAGAGAGUAUCAGAACGGUGAUGGUUUCGGCUACAUUUUAGCAUUCAGAAGGAAAGACUCGUCAUCAUGGUCAGAAGUCAGAAUUCCACAUGUGGACUCAUCUCGAUUCGUCUACUUCAACCAAAGCGUGAUGCCGUACAGCCCGUUUGAAGUGAAGAUCAAAGCAUAUAACCGGAGAGGAGAAGGUCCGUUCAGCCAGACUGUGGUGGUCUACUCUGCAGAAGAAGAGCCAACAGUGGGACCCUCAAGCAUCAACGCCACAGCACUGUCUGCUUUUGAGAUCCAAGUGUCAUGGGAGCCUGUCCAACAGCUCAGUGUCACCGGGAUUCUCCGAGGAUAUGAG